CAGGCGCGGCCCCCACCCCACCCUGGCUUAAGCAUAGCGAGGCCUGUGCCUUCAGGAAGCUCACGCAGGCCUGGGUGCACUCAGCUCCUGUCCUCACACCUACUGCUGUGCAGAGAAUGUGGAUCGACUAUUCCUCAUUUCCCGGCGUGCAUCUUUGCAGAGUUUGAUGGGGCGCCGGGCGGAUGACAGCGGGAACGGUUGUGAUCACUGGCGGAAUCCUAGCUACUGUGAUCCUCCUCUGUAUCAUUGCUGUCCUAUGCUACUGUAGGCUCCAGUAUUACUGCUGCAAGAAGAGCACAGAUGAUGAGGAUGCUGAGGAGGAGGAGGAAGAGGAAGAACAUGACCUUUCCAUCCAUCCCCGGGCCCCCACCUGCAAUGCCUGCAGCUCCCAAGUCCUGGACGGCAGAGGCAGUCUGGCACCUCUUACCAGCGAGUCUUGCAGCCAGCCGUGUGGAGUGGCCAGCCACUGUACCACUUGCUCCCCAUACCGCACCCCCUUUUACAUACGGACAGCUGACAUGGUGCCCAAUGGGGGUGGAGGCGAGAGGCUCUCCUUUGUCCCUACACACUACAAAGAGGGGGGAACCCCAUCCCUCAAAUCGGCAGCCCCCCAGAGUUACCCGGUGACCUGGCCAAGUUCUGGGCAUGAGGCCUUCACUAAUCCAAGGGCUAUUAGUACAGAUGUAUAAUCCUUUCACCCUGAUCUGCACACACCCAACACUACUGUCCCAGCAGGAGCAAUGGAGUGGUGGAGGGGACCCUCCAAGGGCCCCCCUUGGAGGCAUCUCAGUUUCUCUGGCUUCCAUAGUAGAGGGCUCACUAGGAUGUGAACUAGUAA